CAAAAGAAGCUUUUCUUAAAAGCUACAGAUACUAUUAGUACGUAUAAUUUUUUAUAUUAUCAAUAAAAACCCAUUGCAUUAGAGUUCACUAUUUAUACUAUGGUAUAUCUAAUGUAAAUAUAUUGUUUUUCUUGUAUCAAUUUUUUUCUCUCUUUCCACAUCCAGAGCUAAAGAGAGAGGCCCUAUAUAUAAACAACCUAAGAAUAUAUACACAUUGUUGGUGUUGAAGUUGAUGAGAAAAUGGCAAAGUUGUUUGGUAUAUUUGCAUGCUUGUUGAUUGUGGCCUUAGAUGCCACUGCUGGCAUUCUUGGAAUCAAAGCAGAAGCUGCUCAAAACCAGGAAAAGCACCUUCGGUUGUGGUUGUUCGAGUGUAAAGAACCAAGCCAUGAUGCAUUUGUACUAGGUGUGGCUGCAGCAUGUCUUCUUGCAAUUGCUCAUGUUCUUGCCAACCUUCUAGGAGGCUGCAGUGUCUGUGCUACUGAUGAUAUCAAGCAAGCAUCCCCUAGUAGAAAACUAUCAAUGGCUUGCCUUGUUUUUACAUGGAUCAUAAUGGCAGUAGGAAUGGGACUGCUGGUGAUAGGGACAAUGGCAAACAACAAGUCAAGAGCUUCUUGUGGAUUUUCACAUCAUCACUUUUUCUCUAUUGGUGGAAUCUUGUGUUUCAUCCAUGCCAUCUUUUCUGUUGCAUACUAUACUACUGCCUCAAUGCUACUUGCUCCAUAGUCCAAAAUAGGAGUGGCAAACGGGUUACAAAACAGAUCAUGAUCCGUCCAUAUUUAACACCAAUUAAAAAUAGAUUUCUUUCCCAUGGCUAAUUGUACCCUUCUAAUUAGAUCGCAAAUUCGUGCAUGCUUAUCUACGUAGAUCGUUACUCCAUUUCCUUUUUGUUUCUUGGGAUUGUAAUGCAAUGAAGAUGUUUGUUUUGGUAGAGUAGCCUAGGAUUGUGUAACAAAACUUUAAGGGAGUGUAGUAGACAAUAUUAUUCAUGGUGAUUGAUGUUCGUGUUUUUAACUAAGUAUGUUGCUACAUUAGCUGUAA